UUUAGAGACCCUUGGGCCAAAUAAAUCUGUUGAUGGCUAUUUAGAUACCCUUGGGCCAAACAAAUCUGUUGAGGCCCAUUUAAAGACCCAAUAAAAGUCGUUUUUCUUGGGAAAAUCAGAAAAAACAGAGCAAGAAAAAAAGAAAGCGAAAUGGGAUUAUUGGCCGCGAUCGGAGUUCUGUUGCCAUUUCCGUUCUACUGGUGGCUGUGGACGAAUGCUCAGUCAUGGGUCAAUCUCUGCGGCCGAGAAAGAGACCCAUCGACGGUAAUGGCACGUGUUUCUCACGUGCUCAAGGCUGCUCAACUCCUUUCUCUCUUCUCCGUUGCUUCUCUCUCCUGGCCGCCUCCGCUCUACUUCUGGCCUCUCAUGGCCUUUGGCCAGUUUCUCAACUUCAGGGUAUACCAAUUGUUAGGUGAAGCUGGGACUUAUUACGGUGUUCGAUUCGGGAAGAACAUACCAUGGGUUACAGAGUUCCCAUUUGGAGUCAUUAGAGAUCCACAGUAUGUUGGGAGUAUCAUGUCUCUAUUGGCAUGCCUCUCUUGGGUUCCAUUUCAAUACAUUCUCCUCUGGUCUCUCGGUUAUGUUUUCAUGAUGUUUCUCGAGUCAAAGGAGGAUCCAAAUGCUCGUGCCAAAUCCAUCUCAUGAUUCCUAAGCAUAACCCACUAGUCUUAGAAGAGCUCAACUCCCAUGAACGUCAGGUCUUGACUGUUUUCUUUAUGAGUUUGUAUUCUCUUUUGUACUCAAACUGAUGCUACACUUUCAUGGAUAAUGCAGUUACCUUUUCUCGGGUUAUCGGUAGUCUACAGAAUUGUCGAAGCAAGUACUAUUAAGUUUAUAUUUACCCUUUAUGCCAAAGCCAAUGAUGAUGCAUCUGCUGCAAAGAACCAACUGGAAAUAUAGGGCACAUUUGUAAUAAAUAAAAACUAAUGGAAACAAAUGUAAUAAACAGAACUUUAAGGAGCGAUUGCAAUAAACAAAUCUAUAGGAAAUAUCUGUAAUAAACACAAAAUAUCGGGAAUAUAUGUAAUUAUUCUUUUUUGGGAAAAAUAUGUCAUUAUUCAAAACUAUGUGAAAUCUACGUAAAUACACAAAAUGUGGG